UUUUUAAAGCAAGGCCACAAAAACCAGAAGCUUCUCAAUUCAUUUACUCGGUCUGUACUAUACACCCCAAAUCAAAAAUUGUAACUCCCUCUCUCUCUCUGAAAAAUAUCUGACAAAACAGUCAUGUAUGGUUAGAACUUAGAUUUAGAUUCUUCUCCACACACCACUUUGCUUUACUAUCAGUUCUUGAAUCCCCCAUAACCAAAAAAAAAAAAAAAAAGAGAGCAAAAGCAAAACACCCACUUGCCAAAAACACUCAUUGUAUUUCACAGAGCCAAGUAUGGGAUUGGGAGGUUGUUCCAAAACCAAGCCAACAAGUCCACCUUCAUUGGCCUCAAUAUUUUUCUUGCUCUUGCUCACACUCUCAAAUGUUUCCUCAGCAAACCCACCACCAAACCAACCCAUCAAAACCAUUGUGGUUUUGGUCUUGGAAAACAGGUCCUUUGACCACAUGCUUGGGUGGAUGAAAAAAGCCAUUAACCCAUUAAUCAAUGGAGUCACAGGUGAUGAAUGCAAUCCUUUAUCCACCAAUAACACGACCCCAAAAGAAGAGUCCAUUUGUUUCACUGAUGAUGCUGAGUUUGUGGAUCCGGAUCCGGGUCAUUCAUUUGAAGCAGUAGAGCAACAGGUAUUUGGUUCUAGUUCAAUUCCCUCUAUGUCUGGUUUUGUACAACAAGCAUUGUCCUUGUCACCAAACCUCUCAGAAACAGUUAUGAAAGGCUUUAGACCUCAAUCUGUGCCAGUCUAUGAAGCUUUAGUACGAGAAUUUGCUGUCUUUGACAGGUGGUUCUCUUCAAUUCCUGGUCCAACACAACCCAAUAGGUUGUUUGUGUACUCAGCUACUUCUCAUGGUUCAAUAAGCCAUGUUAAGAAGCAGUUGGCUCAUGGGUACCCGCAAAAAACCAUCUUUGAUUCACUUCAUGAGAAUGGUAUGGACUUUGGAGUUUAUUUCCAAAACAUACCCACAACGUUUUUUUAUAGGAAUUUGAGGAAGUUGAAGUACAUUUUUAAGUUCCAUCAGUUUGAUUUGAAAUUCAAGAAAGAUGCUAGAAAUGGUAAGCUUCCAAGCUUGACUGUGAUUGAGCCAAGGUAUUUUGAUCUUAAAGGAAUGCCUGCAAAUGAUGACCACCCUUCUCAUGAUGUGGCUAGUGGGCAAAAACUAGUUAAAGAGGUGUAUGAGGCAUUGAGAGCUAGUCCUCAAUGGAAUGAGACCCUUCUGGUCAUUACCUAUGAUGAACAUGGUGGGUUCUAUGAUCAUGUCAAAACUCCUUAUGUUAAUGUUCCUAACCCAGAUGGGAACACAGGGCCUGCUCCUUAUUUCUUCAAGUUUGAUAGGCUUGGUGUUCGUGUGCCAACAAUUAUGGUCUCUCCUUGGAUCAAGAAAGGGACUGUGAUAAGUGGCCCAAAAGGACCUGCUCCAAACUCUGAGUUCGAGCACUCUUCAAUCCCUGCCACCAUUAAGAAGAUGUUCAACCUCUCCUCUAAUUUCUUGACUCACAGGGAUGCAUGGGCUGGGACAUUUGAGCAGGUUGUUGGGGAAUUAACCUCUCCUAGAACUGAUUGCCCAGAGACCCUGCCAGAUGUGACACCACUGAGGACCACAGAAGCAAAGGAAGACAGUGGGCUAUCGGAGUUUCAGGGAGAGGUAGUUCAACUAGCAGCUGUUCUUAAUGGUGACCACUUCUUGAGCAGCUUCCCAGAUGAAAUGAGCAAGAAGAUGAAUGUGAAAGAAGCUCAUGAGUAUGCGAGGGGUGCUGUUUCAAGGUUCAUAAGAGCAAGCAAAGAAGCCAUCAAGUUAGGUGCAGAUCACUCUGCCAUUGUAGACAUGAGAUCUUCCCUCACCACCAGAUCCUCAAUUCAUAAUUAAUCAAUUGGAAUCCUCCUAGAUCAUGUAUUUAGAGUCCAUGUCUUGCUCAGAUAUAUAUCCAGUAUAGUGAAGUGGAAUUUUAAACAAGGGGAAGCAAAGCUUUUCUAUAGUGAUUUGAGUAA